ACCGCCAACCUCCAGGUAGCGAUUGAUUCACCAUCCACCUCACAAUCCUGGACUACCACAAACCUGCACGAGUCGCCUAGCUUAGAGGUGAAUAGCACCAUCCGAAUACCAGCCAAGGACCUGAUUGCCCUUAUCCAGCGCUAUGUCUUUCCAGCGUUCGAGUGCCCUUGAGGCGCAGCCAACGACCUUCCGAAGAGAGGACGACCCGCAAUACGCUGACGACCCGGAGUUUCGCGACUUCGCCAGCAAGCUCUCUGACGACCUCUUCGCUCUCACACGAAAUGUUGCCCGCCUAUCGCAGGAAGUCACCAAGCUCGGGACCAAGCACGAGACCGCGCGUGUGAGGGAGCGCGUGAAGACGACGGCGGAAGAGACGUCGGACAAGUUCAAGGAGAUAGGCGAGGGGCUGAAGAAGAUCACCACAUGGCCUGAUGUUGGGCCCUCACAAAAGUUCACGCAGUCGAAGUUGAGCCGCGAGUUCAAGGCCUCGCUCACAGAGUUCCAACAACUACAAAAACAGGCCCUCGAGAAGGAAAAGGCCUCGGCGCAAGCCGCCCGCGUUGCCCUGCAAGACGUAACAUCGCCCAGCGAAGAGCGCGGAGGAGACUUUGCGCAGCAACAGGAACAGGAACAGCUACGGUUAGCCAACCAAGACGACGUCGAUUUCCAGGAAUCCCUCAUCAUCGAGCGCGAGUCCGAGAUUCGCAACAUCGAACAGUCCGUCGGCGAGCUCAAUGAGCUGUUUAGAGAUGUGGCGCAUAUGGUGCACGAGCAGGGUGGGCAACUCGAUAUCAUUGAAGAGAACGUCGAGGUCACACACGAUGCAUCGAGGGGUGCGCAUGUGAAUUUGAAACAAGCCAGCAAUUACCAGAAAAGCGCGCGGAGCAAGGCCUGUAUUUUGCUGCUUAUCCUGGCGAUUGUCCUGGUAAUCAUUUUUCUUGCGGUCUUUCUCGAUUAAGUUGUGCUGAUUCCGCAAGGGCAUCGUCAUUUUGUCUGUUUCGUAGGCGUUUGCAUUUGUCCUUUGUUAUACCAUGGCGCGAAGCGCUUCGUUAAGAAUUUACAGUUACAGCAUGUGUAGUUCAUGAGACACUCAUUUCCUAGGUCUAUAAUCUUAUCCUAUCUUCCCAUUUCUAGAUCUCUUUAUAUUUAAUUAACUCCCCUUCCCUUCUUUUUUGUUCCUCUAUAGUCCACUAAUUAGGUAGUAGUGCACUUAUUAUGGGACAUCCUCAGUUAUAAGAAGUGUUUACCAAACCUAGUGUACUUAGCUAUCAUUACAAAACGCUGCGAUAAUGUAACUUCGGUAGUAUAUAUAUUCUAGGCUGCAGCGGUCCGCAGUUUGAGGCUGAAUCGCAUGCACUGCCCCACCACUACAUCAACUCACAAGGUACGCUCAACGAUCAAUAAGUAAUGGACUAC